CGCGGCAACAGCGCGCACGCGGCACCGGCACCGGCAGCGGCAGCGCCCCGGGACAUGGCGGCGGCUGCGCGGCCCGGGCGGCCCGGAGGGAGGCGGCGGCGGCUGCCCCCAUCACACAGUUUUGUACAAAAUAGUGUUCUAGAUGGAUGUUUUCUUCCAAAUGGAGUAGAUCUUCGUCAAGUAAUUAUAUUGCCAAAAGCAGAAUGGGAAAGGAUGCAGGACAAUCUUGGCAGCAUAAGUAGAGAAGCAGCACGCAUCCUUGCUGAGAAGAAAGAACGUGAAGAAAUGCACUUACGCUCCAAAGCGGCUGUAAAAGACUGGCCCAAUACCAUUAUGGGCCAGGCACAAAGGAAAAUUAAAGCCAAAAAAUUACAUGAAGAAAAGGAAGAGGAAGAAAGAAAGUUACUUGAUUUGGAAGAAGCACAGUUCCAAGCAGCAAAACGGAAGGAAGCUAUUGAUCAAGCAAAAACUUAUCUAUACUAUCAGAAUGAAAGAGUGAAAGGGUUGCAUAGUGCACUGCUACUUACUGAGGUCCUAAAGGAAAGAGAUGCUCAAAUUGAAUUUAAAAAGUUCAAGCCAGAUGUUAACAAAAAGAAGGAAGAAGAAGCAGAACGUGAGCAUAAAGAAGCUAUUCUCAGAGAGCAAGAAAAGGCACAUCAACGUUAUAUGGAUCGACAGGCACUACGCAGAGAUCAGUUGGAACAAAUAGAGGAGCACAAGCGUCAGGCAGAUCUGGCUAAGCUAGAAAACAAAAGAGAAGGAGAAGAAAUACAGAGAUUGAGCCGAUUGUACGAAUUGGAAAUGCAGAGAAAAAUGGAAAAGGAACAUGAGGAAAAACUUGAACGCCAGAGGCUGUAUCGUGAGCAUGUAGCUGACCAGAAAAUAAUCAAAGCAGCAGAGGAACAAAAACAAAUGGAAGAAGACGAUCGGAUUAGAGCUCAUUUCAAAGCAAAGCAAAGGAUUGCCAAGCUGAUGAAAGAGAAGGAAGCUGAAAUGCGUAGACUAACACAGGAACGUCAGGACAAAAUUGUCACCCAAUUAGCUUCCCAAAUGAGUGAAGCAUUGAAGAUGGAAGAUGAUCGUCUUGCUAGAGACAUUGCAAAAAAAGAAGCCGAACAAGAAAAAAAGAACAAAGAGAAAGAAGCAAAAACAAAGGCUGCUAUUGAAUCUAUUGCUGAACACAGAGCCACUGUGGUGAAGAUGAAACUGGAGAAGGAGAUAGAGGAAAAAGCAGAAAAUGAAAAAGAAUGCCAUGCAUUUAUGGAGAAGAACCGCAUCUACCUGGAAGGGGAAGAAGCCAAGAAACAAAGACAACGUGAUGCAAGUAUGGAAGUACAGAAGAUUCAGCUCCAGCAAAUGGCAGAAAAGAAGGCAAAAAAAGAGCAGGAAAAACAAGCAGACUUGGAUUAUGAUGCUCAGAGAGAGGCUGCUUUUUGUAAAGAGCAAAAAUUUAGGAGAUAAAGACAGUAAAAAUACAGCAGACAAGUACAGAAGCAUCCACUACAGAAUAAGAAGCUAGCCACGGUCUUCUAAAAACCCUUAUGUGCCUGCAUAAUCUAUCAGUGCCUAACAGCUGAAACUAACCCUGGAAUAUGGUGGAAGGCAUGCAGUUUGCCAGAAUCUGCCAAUAUUCAGCUCAAAUACCAUAGCUAUAGCUACACAGCAGCUACAGUAUUUUUAUUAUGAAACAAAGCAGUAGAUUCAGUUUCUAGGAAGUCAAGAGGUAACAACCUAAACAUGAACACUUGUGAUGUUGGAUGUGCUGUACUCUAAUGUUACUAGACCUCAAAGCUUAAUUAAAACUUUACAUUUUGGCUUAAAAAAGAGCAAAUAAUAAAAUUAAAUUGUUUAAAAUAGCUGCCCAUAGCAGUAA